AUGUCCCACAAGGUUUUGGACCGCGAAUUUCGCCAAGUCAUGGAAAUCAGUACUUUGCUGCAUAAUGUGGCCAAUGAUGUACACCAGACGUUUCAAUUGGUGCUGUUAUUAAAAAUCUUCAAAGAUUUUAUCCUGGCUGUUAGUAGCGCUUAUCACUCCGCCUUCACCAUGGCUAAUCUCACCACAGUUUUGUCAUACUUGAGGAAUAUAACAGAAGUUGGUGUUUUCUUGUUUGCAACUUUAAUGUCGAAUUUUGGGAUGGUUUACUACUUUGACGAAAUUUCCAAACAAGACGUUAAUUUGAUGGAGAUUAUGGAUGAGAUUUUAAUCAGUUUUAAGGACGAUCUCAUUGUGUCGUACAAAUCGGUCGAGUUGUUUGAUCUCAGACUGAAAAAUCGCAACUCAACGUUUUACGUCUGUGGACUUUUCCCCCUUAACUGCACUUUUAUAUAUACAAUGAUAGCUGGGAUGGCUUCUUACAUGAUAUAUUUGGUACAGUUCACACAAGUGCAACAAAAAGACUCCACUGUUUCAAAUAAUUAA